AGAUGACUACUACUACUGUUACUACUCCCACUAUAAUUUAUUGCUUUAUUACAGCCAUUAUUCAUUCAUAAUCAUAACUAAACUGAAACUGAUAUCUCUUUGUUUUGUAUGUAUCUACCUUCAUAUAUAUUUCUUCAUCAAGUAAAAUCAAAAUACAACAACACAAUCAUCACUACCCCUCCAUACCCCCCACAAACAUUCCUUUUCCCAGUACAAGCUCUCUCACUACCAUCUCUCUUCUCAUCUCAUCUGGGUUUCACAACUACAACAAGUGGAUAUUGAAAAUUCAAAGUCGGUGAGCUUUUCAGAUUCCCAGAAACCCUCAAUUUUCCGUUGUUUGUCUUCAGCUCUUACAAACAAGGAUGGGGACUGCUCAUCAUCAAUGGCAAUAAUGGUCCUUGGUAAUAUAUGACAAAAAAUCUCUGUUGUGAAAUGACUCUUUUGCCCCUCUCAAUUCACACAAUGGCCAAAAACCCAACCCUUCUCUCCCUCCAAAUUCUAACUGCUUUCUUGAUUUUCUUUACCCUUUUCCAUCGUUCCUUUCCCUUCCUGGUUGAAAAGGAAGCUCUCCUUCAAUUCAAAAACCAUCUUGAAGACCCUUUGAAUCACUUAGAUUCCUGGAAAGAUUCAGAAUCUCCAUGUCACUUUUCUGGAGUUUCUUGCGAUCCAAACACCGGUCGAGUUACUGAAAUUUCCCUCACCAACAAGUCCCUCUCUGGUGUGAUAUCUCCUUCCAUUUCUGUGCUCCAAAGCCUCACUUCUCUUGUGCUACCUAUAAAUUUAAUUUCCGGGAUUCUUCCAUCCGAAUUGAACGAUUGCAGAAAUCUCAAAGUUUUGAAUCUCACAGUAAACAAAAUGAAUGGAAGCCUACCUGAUCUUUCCAGUUUGGCAAACUUGGAGAUUCUAGAUUUAUCCACAAACCACUUUUCUGGUGGAUUUCCAACUUGGGUUGCAAAUUUAACUCGGUUGGUUAAUCUUGUGGUUGGUGAUAAUGAUUAUGAAGAGGGUGAAAUUCCUGAGAAUCUUGGAAAUUUGAAGAACUUGACUGUUCUUUAUCUGCAUAAUUCGCAUUUGAGAGGUCCAAUACCUGAAUCUGUUUUCGAGCUCACAGCAUUGGAGACAUUGGAUAUUUCUGUCAACAAGAUUUCUGGGAAUUUCUCGAAAUCAAUAUCCAAACUACAAAAUCUCAACAAAAUUGAGCUCUUUCGGAACAACUUGACGGGAGAACUCCCACGAGAGCUAGCAAGCCUCACGCUUUUGCAGGAAAUUGAUUUCUCUAAAAAUCAGAUGUAUGGGAAAUUGCCGCUUGAAAUUGGCAAUCUGAAGAAUUUAACAGUUUUUGAGCUAAAUGAGAACAACUUCUCUGGUGAACUCCCUCCGGGAUUUGCAGAUUUGCACUAUCUCAAAGGCUUUUCUAUCUACAGGAACAAUUUUUCAGGACAAUUUCCGGAGAAUUUUGGUCGGUUUUCUCCACUGGAUAGCUUUGACAUAUCUGAGAAUCAAUUUUCUGGUGGCUUUCCUAAAUUCUUGUGCCAGAAUGGGAAAUUGAAGUUCUUGCUUGCGUUGGCAAACAAUUUUGUUGGGGAGUUACCAGCUAAUUUUGCUAAUUGCAACUCUAUAAAGAGGUUGAGGAUCAAUCAGAACCAGUUGUCCGGGAAAGUCCCAGAUGGGUUUUGGGCACUGCCUAAUGCAAUUAUCAUUGAUUUUAGCGAUAAUCAUUUUACCGGCGGUAUUUCUCCAGAAAUUGGGAUUUCCACCAACUUGAAUGAGCUGAUUUUGGUUAACAAUAGGUUUUCAGGUGAGCUCCCAUUGGAACUUGGCAAACUGACGCAGUUGGAAAGGCUUUAUUUAAGUAACAAUGACUUCUCUGGAAGAAUUCCUUCUGAAAUUGGCGCUCUGAAGCAAUUAUCAUCUUUGCAUUUGGAACAGAACUCAUUUAACGGGCCAAUACCACAAGAACUGGGACAAUGUGAUAGGCUGGUGGACUUAAAUCUUGGUUUGAAUUCUCUCAGUGGUACUAUCCCUGAUACACUUGCACAUAUCAGCUUUUUGAAUUCUCUGAAUCUUUCAAGAAACAGACUUGAAGGUUCCAUCCCCAAGAAUUUACAGAAAUUGAUGCUAAGUUCCAUUGAUUUGUCUAAUAACCAGCUUUCAGGAAGUGUUCCAACCUUUCUUCUUGCCGCAGGAGGAGGCCAAGCAUUUGUAGGAAACAAGGGACUCUGUAUUGACGAAACUUCUAGAAUUCAGGUCAAUUCAGGGAUGGCUGUUUGCAAUAGCGAGCAUAAUCCCCAAAGAUUCAUUGGAACUAAAUUAGUUACGUUCUGUGUCAUAUUAGCUGCCUUGGUUGUUAUUUUGUGUGGUUUAUUGCUAACGAGUUACUGGAGAUUCAAGCUCAGUGAACCACAUUACGCGGAUAAUGAUCUAAGAUGGGAUGAUAAGCAAACAGAUCACAAAUGGAAGCUUGUCUCUUUCCAACCGGUGGUCUUUGAUGUAGAUGAGAUAUGUAAUUUGGAUGAGGACAAUUUGAUUGGUAGUGGAAGUACUGGAAAAGUUUAUAGAUUAGAUUUGAAGAAAGAUGUUGGCAUGGUGGCUGUGAAGCAACUAUGGAACGGAAAUGGGGUGAAAGUUUUGGCAACAGAAAUGGAGAUUUUGGGAAAGAUUAGGCAUAAAAAUGUAUUGAAGUUGUAUGCCUGUCUGAUGAGAGGAGAGUCAAGUUUAUUGGUUUUUGAGUACAUGGUAAAUGGUAAUCUCUUUCAGGCACUUCAUCGAGAAAUCAAGGGUGGGGAAUCAGACUUGGAUUGGUAUCAGCGGUAUAGAAUUGCUCUUGGAGCUGCUAAAGGACUUUCUUAUUUGCAUCAUGACUGUACCCGGUCUAUUAUUCAUAGAGAUAUUAAAUCAACCAACAUUUUAUUAGAUGAGUGCAAUGAACCAAAAAUUGCUGAUUUUGGGCUAGCAAAGAUUGCAGAAGGGUCCUCUAUGGUGUCUGAAGCCAGCUGUUUUGCUGGUACUCAUGGUUACAUUGCCCCUGAGCUGGCAAAUACUGUCAAAGUCACUGAAAAAAGCGAUGUUUAUAGUUUUGGUGUGGUGCUACUUGAAUUAGUUACUGGUAGAAGACCGAUAGAAGAGGAGUACGGAGAAGGAAAGGAUAUUGUUUAUUGGGUUUCGACUCAUCUCAAUGAUCGCGAAGACGUGCUCAAAGUCUUGGACCCUAAGAUCGUAUCUGAUCUUGUUGAAGAUGACAUGAUAAUGGUCUUGAAGGUUGCUAUGCAUUGCACCACCAAGCUUCCCAAUCUACGCCCUAGCAUGAGAGUGGUGGUCAAAAUGCUCGUUGAUGCCGAGCCUUGCAGUCUCAAAUCUCCUGAUAAUUGUGAAAAGAAUGGAAAGCUCAUCCUGUAAUUCCUUUAUCGGCUUGCUAGUUGUAGCUUAUAUAUUCUUAGGUUUGAAAUUUCCAUACUUUAAUUGUACUAUCAGAUGAAGUGGAGUUUGUUGUUAUAUUGCUUCUUAAAUGAUGUUGGUGGUGUAAAUGUACAUAUUGUAUUGAGAUUGUGAAAAAAAAAAGAAAGAAAGAGAAAAGUUGUGUUGUUGCUUGUUAGCUUAUGCUGUUCUAAUUUUGUUGUGAGAUAUUUGCUCUGGGGUCUAGUUAGGUAAAGAAUAGGUAGUUAGUUUACAGGUAGGUAUUGUAGCUGAUGGGUUGUUGAGAGUAGUAGUAUAAAUAGAGAAUAAGUUGUAUCAGUUAGGUGUGGAAUUGAAAUUGGAUAUUGUGAACGUAGUGAAGUUGUUUUCUUUCUA